AACGGCCGGGCCGGAGCUGGGCCGCGGCUGCUGCGCGGAGUCCAGUUUCCUCCGGCCGCGGUGGGCGAGGGAGUCGUUCCCCUUCUCUUCCUCCGUCGGCGGCUCCGGGCGCAGCCAUGAGGCGCGCAGGGCUGGGCGAUGGAGGUAACUAUGGCUACACCAACAGUGGGUACAGUGUGUAUGAGGAAGAAAAUGACAGAUUAACAGAGAGCCUGCGUACCAAAGUCAGUGCCAUCAAAUCACUUUCCAUUGAAAUUGGAACAGAAGUCAAAAACCAAAAUAAGAUGUUAUCAGAAAUGGAAAAUGAUUUUGAGUCCACGGGGGGACUUCUAGGUGCAACUAUGAGCAGACUGAGAACACUCUCCAGAGGAAGCCAGACCAAGCUGUUGUGCUACAUGAUGCUCUUCUCCCUGUUUGUUUUUUUUGUCAUAUACUGGGUUAUUAAACUGAGGUGAUGCACGGUACCGCUUGCGUAAUGAAGGCCUUGAUCAGAAGGGGCUAAGCCACAGGGAAAUUGUUGUGGAUUGCAUUAAUGCAUUGGCUUAGAGAAUUUUCAUAAUGGAGCUGAAUUUUUUUUCCAUCAGCCCCUGUUUUGGGGGGGGAAUUAUUUGUAAAUCUGCCAGCAGUAUUACUGUCAUAAAUUCCUGGGUUUUUAAGGGGGAACUGAUUUAUGAAUACAGGCAACAGCAGCUCUUUGAAGGACUUGCAGGUUUGCAAGGCUUUCCUCUUUAAUUCUGCUUCCCAUUCUGGGCCAUGCUCUAAAUUAGAGCUCCAGAUGCAGGCAUAAGAUAAAUUCUAGGUUGCAGAAGCACAAAGAAUAUUUAGAUCUCUCUAAAGUGUUUUUUCUCUGGAUUUUUAAAAGGCUGGCCUGAAGCUAACAAAGAGUGGAACCCCAAGAAGUUCUUUUUGUGGCUAAUUGCUCUAGUAUAUGGGUUUAAGUAGCUUAAAAUCUGUGUUUUGGGGAGAAGUUACUUCAAACUGGAUUACUUUUUUUGUUUUCAUUUAAAUGUGAUAAUCCAUGUUCACACCUUGGCUCUUGUGAGCAAAUCAUAGAAACACAGAAUGGUUUUGUUUGGGAGGGACCUUCAAGAUCAACUUUUCCAACCCUCCUGCUAUAAGCAGGGACACCUUCUACCAGACCAGCUUGCUCAAGGCCCCAUCCAAUCUAGCCUUGAACACUGCAAGGCUUGGAGCUUCCACAGCUUCUCUGUGCAGCCUGUUCCAGUGCCUCACCACCCUCAUGGGGUAGGAUUGCCCCCUCAUGUCUCAUCUGAGCCUGGCUUCUUCCAGUUUGAAGCUUGUCCUGUCACUCCAUGCCUUUAUCAAAAGGCCUUCUUCAGGUCUGCUGGAGGCCCUAUUCAAAUCCUAGAAGGCUGCUUGCAGGUCUUCAUGUACCUUUCUCUUUUCCAGGCUGAACAAGCCAACUCUCUCAGCCUGCAUGGACACAGUACAAACAUUUUCUUUAUAUAUAAAGUAUCUAAAAUGAUUCCAUUGAAUCACCAGAACUUUUUUCCAUUCCUGUGUUUACUCUUCAAUCUGUGAUCCCUAAAUCUGCACUGCCUGAUGUCUGAGGUAAGGGAUUUGAAUUUUUAUAUUGAAGUAGAAGAUGCUGCACCCUUUGGAGGUGCUGUCAUUUGAAAGUGUUUUUAUUUUUGAAGACAGCUUUGGCUCACCAGUUUCUAAUAGUUGAAACUCUUACACUGUGCAGUUUAAUGUUCAAGAAACAACCUUGUCCUAGCUAUUGAAAUUCUCUCUGCAGGGUUCAAAAGACUUCUAGCAAUACUGUACAAUAUGUUGCCAUUAAUAACUAAUGAUCAACUGACAAAUAAACUCUCCUGUAGUAUUGCAGCUGGUGGUGGUCAUGGACAUUCUUUGCUCCUGUAGAAGACCAGGAUACUUUUUGGAAAUGGUGCUGCAUUUAAGGGGCUAUGCUUACAAUUGAUUCCUAAUGUCUAACCUCAAUCCAGCUUCUUCCAGUUUGAAGUCAUCACCCCUUGUCCUGUCACUCCAUGUUGCUGUCAAAAGUCCCUCUACAGCUCUCUUGGAGGCACACCAAUACUGGAAAGCUGCUAGUAGGGCUCUCUGGAGCCUUCUCAUCUCCAGGGUAAGCAACACCAACUUGCAGAGAAUCACAGAAUGUAAGGGAGGGAUUUGAAGAGACCUCGAAGGAGCAUCCAGUCCAACCCCCCUGCCAGAACAGGAUCACCUAGGACAUGUCACACAGAAACACAUACAGGUGGGUUUUGAAUGUCUCCAGAGGAGGCUCCACAGCCUCUCUGGGCAGCCUCCUCCAGGGCUCUGGCACCCUCACAGUGAAAAAGUUUUCAUUUCUGUUCCUGUGCCACCUCCUCUGCUCCAGCUUGCACCCAUUGCCCUUUGUCUUAUCAUUGGACAUCCCUGAGCAGAGCCUGGCUCCAUCCUCCUGACACUGCUCUGCACAUCUUUAUCAACACGAAUGAGGGUGCCCCUCAGGCUCCUCUGCUCCAAGCUAAAGAGAACCUCAGACUUUCAUCAGCAGGGAGAAGGUUCCACUCCCUCUCCUGCUAUCUCUGUAGCAGAGGUGCUCCAGUCCUUGGAUCAUUUUGGUGGCCUCCCCUGUAGCUGCUCUAACAGUUCCAUGUCCUUCUGGUGCUGGGGGCUCCAGACCUGGACACAGGACUCCAGGUAAGGUCUCAGAGGAAUAGAUUAGAUGGGGGGAAAUCACUUCUCUCAGGCUGCUGGGCAUGGUUGUGUGGUGGGCAGUAGUAAAAUAAGCAAUGUUGGCAUCAGCCACUUGUCUUCCCUGUUGGUUUUCCUAUGUAAGGGAAGCAUGACACUUGCAUAAUGCAAAAUGGCUCCACACAGACUGUGGAACAGUAAUUUCCAGCUGAUUGGAUCUUUUGUCUGUUAAAAGGUCUAAAAUACCUCUGCAAGUAAGAGAACAUUGAAGUGCCAGCACCAGGAUUGUCUUGAUGUGACAAUUGCUAGGCUUGUUGAACAGGCAGAGUAUUCCCAAGUGUCUGUGGCUUCCUUGCUCUGUUUCUUCAGUUAAGGGUUUUGUCUGGGUUCUUUUGUUGUUGUUCUCUAGAGAGGGCUAGAAAGGGGGAGAAAGUUCAACCACAAGGACUGUUUGAAGGCUCCAAACAACUUUCUAUAUGUUUAUUAGACAACACAAAGGGUU